AUGUAUAGUUUUAAUACUACUCAAAAGGUAUUAAAAAAUUUUGGGAGAAUCAAAGGUCAUCAAUCAAAAGGUGUGGUUAUAUCACCUUAUUGCGAAGGUGCAUGUUGUCAAAUGAUUAGUUCCUCUUCAUCUAUUCCUAUGACAAUCAAUAAUAAAUUUGGUAUAAGUGGGAAUACUUUACCAUUUUUAAAAGAAGAGUGCUCUCAUUUCGAAACCAAUUCAAAUAAUGGAGCAAUAAAUGGAAUAAGCAGUUUUUUAUUUCGAAACAAAAACAGUUUUUUUACACCCUGCAAUAGAUUAUAUGGAACUUUAUCUCACAGUAAUGGCAAUAAUAACCAAAAUACUUUUCUUUAUAAAGCAGCUCCAAGUACAUCCAUUCUAGACUCUUAUUAUUCGAGCAAUCAAAAUUUUAAAUCACCCUUUAAAAAUAAUUAUAAUAAUUUGGAUUUUAAUAGUAACUAUACAACCUCAUUUAAUAAUAACAACAAUAAUAUUAUUAAUUUAAAUAGCAAUAAUAAAAAUCAUAAUAAAAUUAAUAAUCAUAAUCAUAACCAUACCCAUAACAUUAAUAAUUAUUUCGGUACCCUAAAUGAACCAUAUCAAAACUGUGUUAAAUUCGAAUCAAAUAAAUCAAACUAUGUACUAGAAAUUAUUGAAGGUAUUUUGCCAAAAGACUUAGUUUCUGGUUCUAAAAUGCUAACUCCAAAUGAACCCCAUAGUAUUUUUGUAAAUUUUUCAUCAGCAGUUAAGGCAUAUCAAGCACAUCAAUAUAUCACCGAGUGGAGCGAAAAGAACUCAACAAAUCUAAAGUCUAAUUUAAUUAGAACAUCUUUGGAUCCUCUACAUUCAAUUGAAAAAACAAAUAUUGAAAAGUUACCAGAAUACCCAGUCCCAAAUUAUCAACUAUUUAAAUCAGAGCCAUCAAUAGAUAUAAUUCAAAAUAAAUUAUUGGGAGGUGUACCCAUUUCAAAUUUUAACGAAAAGAACCAAAUAACAUUAAGUUUUUUUUUCGAAUAUAUUCAUAAAGAUGACAUUCCUGAAAACUAUGACUACUAUGUUAUAACUUUAUCAAAUGGCGAUAAUACAAUGGUUUUUGAUAUAAAAUCAAUUGGACAUAUACCAAAAGUAUUAAUUGAAGUUUUAAACUCACCUAAUAUAGCAAAAGUUGGUUUUAAUAACCAUAGACAACACAUUCAUUUGUUUGAAAAUCAAUACAACCUAAAAAUAAACAACUUUGAAGACUUAUCAAAGCAUCCAAUUAUUUUAAGAUCAAAGCCAAGAAAUUUAACCUCUGUUGUGGGUAUUUUUUUAAAAUAUAAAUUACCAAGAUUGGAAAUUAAUAGAUUUUCGCAUGGCCAGUUGAUUUCACAUUUGUUUUCUGAAAAGAAGAUUGAACAUUAUGCUCAAAUUACGGAUAGUGUUCAUUCUCUUGCUAAUAUUUUAAAAUCUCAACAACCAGAUUUCUUUUUAAGUUUCUCAUAUAUUAAUUUUUUUUCAAUUGAAAAUACUUCUAGUGUAAUGGAUGAAGAUUUAAGUGAAGGAUCAACAACUUCAUAA